UCACAUAAAGGUUCGUGAUGAUAUUGAGUAAUGGAAGAAGACACGUACGUUAUCAACUAAAUUGAUAGUUUAAAGACAAAGUGGAUUAACAAGAAUAAUCUUUAUUGACGGAAAACCUCCAUCAAACUUACUUUCUUUUCCCAACAAUUCCCAUUCAUAUUUCACUAUUUUUCCCCAUUUCUCCUCCAUAUUACAGACUAUCAAUUAUUUCUUUUUUUAAAAAAAUUAUGGUUAAUUUGAGUUAAAAAAAAAAAAAAAAACUUGAAUUCCAAUAAGUUCAUAUACUUUCCUUUUCCUCGGGAAAAGAAAAAUCAUACACUUUUUAUAUCUAAUAGAGUAUGGUGCCUUUCAUGAUAUACUGAAUUUUUUUUUUUUGAACAAAAUUCAUAAUAUACUAAUCCAUCCAGUAUAAAUAUACAUUAGAUUAAAUAGAGUCAAUUUUUGCUAAUCCAAAUCAUACUAGGACUAUACACAUCAUCAAUCAUCCAGUUAUAUUUUAACAUAUAUCUUGUUCAUACUUCUAAAAAUAAUAAUAAUAAAAAAAAAAAAAAAUUGUUGUAGAAACACCUAUUCAUACCAGGACUCAUACAUUCACGCCUAUAUAAACCUCCCUUCCAACACCUUCUCUUCAUAACACAACAAACAUCCUUAAUCCUUUCCCUAUUCUCCAAACAUCUUUAAUCCUUUCCUUUCCCAACAUUCAAAUCUCUCUUCUAACUUCUCCGACAACCAUGAAAUUCCGGCAAACAUCCGCCGUGUUAACCACCAUCCUUUUCUCUCUCCUCCUCUCACCACUAGCGUUAGCCGCGACGGAGCGGACUGACGCAGAGAUCAUGGGCUUGUACAAAAAGUGGCAGGCCCAUCACAGAAAGGCCCGAAACGGCCUGCCAACCCCAGAUGAUCAAAAGAGGUUUGAGAUAUUUAAAGAUAACUUGAAUUUCAUUGACGAGCAUAACUCUGUGGACCGGACUUACAAACUUGGGCUUAACAAGUUUGCUGAUCUGACUAAUGAAGAGUACCGGUCCAGGUUCUUGGGUACCAGGCCCAAGUCCAUUAGUAUUAACCGGAAGGUUAGCCUUCGUUACUGGCCUCUUCCCGGUGACCGCUUGCCUAUUGACGUCGAUUGGAGGAAAACUGGUGCUGUUAACCACGUCAAAGAUCAAGGCCAAUGUGGUAGUUGCUGGGCAUUCUCAACGGUAGCAACCGUAGAAGCCAUCAACCAAAUUGUGACAGGCAACCUGACCUCCUUGUCCGAGCAAGAGCUCGUCGACUGUGACCGAGCUGUUGAUCAGGGCUGCAAUGGCGGUCUCAUGGACAACGCCUUUCAAUUUAUCCUUGAGAAUGGCGGUCUAGACACCGAGGAAAGUUAUCCUUACAAAGGUGUUGAUGGCCAGUGUGAUCUUAAUAGGAAGAACAACAAAGUUGUGAGCAUUGACGGAUAUGAAGAUGUCCAGCCUUACAGCGAGAAAGCUUUGAAGAAAGCUGUUGCUCACCAGCCUGUUAGCGUUGCUAUUGAGGCUGGUGGCAGAGCUCUCCAGCUCUACCAAUCUGGUAUAUUUAAUGGCCACUGUGGUACUCAACUCGACCACGCUGUAGUGGUGGUUGGAUAUGGAACGGAGAAUGGGAAAGACUACUGGAUAGUUAGGAAUUCAUGGGGCAGUGGAUGGGGUGAGGAAGGAUACUUUAGGAUGCGCCGCAACACCCAUACUUUCACAGGCAAAUGUGGGAUAGCAAUGCAGCCAUCUUACCCUGUAAAGCUAACCAAAGAACCCAUCAAGCCUUUCUCCGUUGUCGAAAGUGAUGAUGGUAAAGUAAGCAGCUUCUGAAGAAAGAAGCUAGGAAUUAUUAAGGAAGUGGUUGAAAAUAUGAAGGGGAUUACUAUUUUUAAGCUCUUCUAAGAAGCCACUUUAAUUCGAAACCAAGAAUUAUUUCCUGUUUUAGAGUAUUAAUAGGAGCCUACAUGGCUGCCUCUAUUUGUGUAUAUAAGCCUAAAGUUUUAGAUUGCAUCUCCUGGGGAAAAAAUACAGAGGAUGUUGCAAGCUUUUUAGUAGUUUAGGGUUCAUUUGACAUCGCUGCAGUUUUCUGUUUUUUAAUUUUUUGUUUUUCAAAAUCAUAAGAUAUAUGCCAUAUAAUGAAUAAAAAAUUAGUCAAACUUAUUAAUAUCAUGGUAAUUUUAACGAUGCCAAAUAAGCCCUAGCUCUCAGUUUCUUUUAAUUAAUGAAAGGUCACUUCUUUUCUAUUUCAUAUA